CUUACUGCGCCCAACCCAACCAUCACUUCCUCACUCUCUCUACCUCCGCCUUUCUCUCUCUACUGGUUUUCCGAUUCUUUCUUGGCCUAGUCUUCGCAUAGGAAGAAGGAGCGGCACCGGAACCCGAGUUUCCAUUUGAGCUUUACUGUUAUCACUGAAAGAGACGAAACGGAAGGAAAGCAACCACUUUUUUAUUUCACUAUCCAUUUUCUUAUCUCCCUCUCUCUCUCUCUCUCUCUCUCUCUCUCUCUAGAGUUAUAUGCAUAUAUAUAUAUUAUUCCCUUUCCUUUUUCUCUCUUCUCCUUGUUCACCUUUCCUUCAGUCUCCACUCUCCCCCUUCCCCCUUUCUGCGUUUUUUUACAGUCUCUGCUCUGCUCUGUGUUUUCUGGCGGUGCUACGUACGUACGAACUGAUUCCUGCUACCUGCCUUUCCUUUUCUUCGCAUCUAUCUUUUCCGGCGACUGUUCGCUCUGUCCCUUCCCAUGGCGGUCGAAAAGAGUUUUUCACGCUAGCUCCCUCUUUCUCUUUCCCUUUCUUUAACACUCACUCACUCAUAUCUCUUCUUUUUAGUGUCGCUUUCCUCAAAUUUUUUGGUAAUAUAUCAGGCACCGGAGGGGAUUUCAUUUCCUUUUUCUGUCUCAAGACCUGCCUUUAACGUUUCCCUUUCUCUUUAUUCUCUGAGAAUCUCUAACCCCACCCCACCCCCCUUUAUUUAUUUACCUUCUUCCCUUUCCCUUUCAAUGCCAGCCUGAAUUCUAGAGCAAUCUUCUCAUGCCGCAAGAAGGAGAUAACUACAACAUGUUGUCAACUGCAAGUGCUGGACUGGUCAGAUACACUGAACAUGUUUCCUUAACCACGGCGGUCGACAGGCCCUACUCUUCAUUUUCCGGCACAAAGAAUACCAGAACGGUGCGGUUUUCUGUCACCGAUGCCGACGCCACCGACUCUUCCGGCGACGAAGAGGAUGGGGCUUUUGUCCACCGCCGGAGAGUCAGGAGAUUCGUGAACGAGGUCAACAUCCUUCCCUGCUGCAGAGAUAACGGAGGCGCCGCUGUUACCGUCGGUAAAAAGAGGGCUAGGCCGCCGUCUAGUGUUCCGAGGCGGGGAAAGGCCGCCGGCGGUAAAAUGGAGACGAAGCUCGCCGAGGUUGGUAAUGGUAGGAAGUUUCGCGGGGUGCGGCAGAGGCCGUGGGGCAAAUGGGCGGCGGAGAUUCGAGAUCCUAUGCGACGUGUGCGGCUGUGGUUGGGGACCUACGACACGGCGGAGGAGGCCGCCAUGGUGUACGACCACGCGGCCAUACAGCUGCGUGGCCCCGACGCGCUCACGAACUUCUCGGCGCCAGAAGUCAAGUACAACAGAACAAGCUCGGGGUACAACUCUGGCGAGGAGUCCCACAACAAUGCGACGUCCCCCAAGUCCGUCCUCCGGUUUUCCUCCCCCGAGCAGGAACCCGAACCCGAAGCAGAGUCGUCUUCCCCACUAUCCUCCUCCAUCGACGCCGUGUCACCGAAGGAGAACGAAGACGCGAGUUCCUCGCCGUUUGCCAUUUUCCCAGAGGCAGCAUUCGCCGAGUUUGAGCAAUCGGAGCCGGUGCCGGAUUUGUUUUGUCCGGCGGGUAUACCCGACGACGAAAUGUUCGGGUUCGAUUUGCAGUGGUGCAGCGAGACGUUAGUCGGGUCAAGUCCGGGUUUCGAACUCGGGUUGCCCAAUUUGCAAGUGGACGGGUACUUUCAAGACUUGGCCGACGAUACAUUCUGGUCGGAUCCUCUGGUCGCCAUCUGACUCAGAGAGAGAAAUCCAUCAUCUAUCAUCCAUCCUCUGUAACCAUUUUGAUGCCAUCUUCGUAGUUACUUCCAUAUUUCCUAGCAGUUUUGUUUAGUUCGACUAAAUCAUCCAUCAUCAAUGUUAAUGUUGUUGAUAUCUUUGAAAAAAAAUAUCCGAUAUGUUUUUUCUAAUCUUUGUCCCGUGAGCUUGCUAGAAUUAAGGACCAAAUCUCUGCUCCAAUUUGUCCCUAUAGAUACUGAUUGAUUGAUUAGAUACAUACCAGAGUAAA